CUGCUGGUCCUUCCCCUCUGGUUGAGUAUAAGACUGCAGCUCCAAGGCCUUACUGCCUCUAUGCUUAGACAGACAGACAGACAAGAUGCACUCCUCUGAGCCCUCACUACACUGGUCGUCUGCCAAAGGAUGUACACUGAAGGUGCUAUGUUGGCGGAGUGUUGGUGUGCUGUACUCCAUCUUGUGCCUUGCAGCUCUACCAGACCAUGCAGAGUCAAGAGCACGUUGUGGAUCUGAACUUGUUGCCCACCUAGAGUUUGUGUGCGGAGACCGUGGAUUUUACAGAGCACCGAAUGGACUUCGGUCCACCAGAGGGAAUGGUCCUCGCCUCAGAGGGAAUGGGACUCGGAUGAGAGGGAAGGGAAUUGUGGAGCAGUGUUGCUUAAAGGCCUGUGACUUGCAGCAUUUGGAGAGCUACUGCGCAAAGCCAAAGCGGAGCCGACGACACGCUCCCCUCACGCCUCAGCAAGUUACGGAGGAGCAAUUUCAGACUGUUUUUCGGAGGAGAAUAAUGAACCACUGGAAACUUGAGUCAAGUCAUGAUGAAGAGCGGCAGAUCCACAGUGUGCAUCAUGAAAAUAAAGUGCAUUACGGACACCGGAGACCUCAAAGGGUUAGUGCUGAGGGGAACACAGCGAAAACGCCAGACACGGACUCCCUCAGACUCAAGAAAUCCCUUCAAAGCAGCAGCAACAACACUGUGGCCAUUGUGAUCUUUGACCUUUUUUGAGUCCAGCAUUUCAAGAAACUGAGAUGAACAGUCUGAACUGGGCGCAAAAUAUCUCUGAUCCUUUUAUUAUUGGCUGUGAGACUGACAAGUCAAUCCAGUACACCCAAUGCACUUUAAAACUCUAGGCAGAGGAACUGAGAGAAAAAAAUGCAAUGAUCUAGUUCUGCUUUGUCAUGUUAUGAAUUCAACAUUAUUUUGGGUAUAUAAUAAAUUUUGCUUAAGUUGCAGGACUUGUCCUGGAAAUGUUCAGUACCCCUGAUGUUCUUUAGCAGCAUGCCAAAUAGUGUACAUUUGUUUAAAUUCUUGCAUUCUAACAAUAGCACAAUUAUGUGAAUGCUUUAUAAAUAAAGGGGAAGAAGUUAUCGAAAAUAACUUACAUUCCAGAAGUAAAAGUUAUUAACAAUAAAAUUGUGGUAUCAUACCUAGAAUAAUUCAACUCAAUCAAUAAUUACAAUAUAUAGUUCCUUUAUGAAAGAAGCAAGUAAUUCACAGGUUAUUAUAAUGACAAUUUCACCAUGUAAGCCAAAUAGCCCCAUAAUGUCAAAGAUCCACCACCAUAUUUGACAGUAGCUAUGGGGUUAUUUUCUGCUCAUGCGUUUUCAUUUUGAUGAUAAACCCACCACUAUUUUCAUGUCAUCUGACAUCUGACAAUCCAACUGCUGUUUCGCAUGCUCCAGGUGUUUACAUUUGUUGUAUGAUGUGAAAAUAGAGCUCUUUGGCCACACACACCAGUGAUGGGUUUGACAUGUAUGAGAAUCAAAGAGCAUAAAAUAACCCUAUACCUACUGUCAAAUAUGGUGCUGGAUCUUUGAUGUUUUGGGGCUAUCUUGCUUCCACUGGUCCUGGGGCUCAACGGCAUCAUGAACUUUACCCAGGACAUUUUUGCCAAAAGCUGGUUGCCUCUGCCAGGCGCCUGAAACUUGGCUGCAAAUGGAUCUUCCAGCAAGACUAUGACCCCAAGCACACAUUAAAAUCCACAGAGAAAUGGUUAAUUGGCUGCAAAAUCUCAUUCUCUGGACUUGAAACCAGUUGAAAAUGUGUGGUUUGUGUUGAGGGCUGUCUAAAAGCACAGAUUAAUAUCAAGGAUCUGGAAAGACUUUGUAUGGAGGAAUGGUCCAAGAUCCCUCCCAAUGUGUUCUACAAUCUUAAACAUUUUAGAUAAGGCUCAGUGUCGUUAUCCUCGCAAGGUGCUGUAUUGAAAACGGGUGUCCAUUUUUACCCCUAACUUUGAGAAAAAACUAUUACUUAAAGUUUCUCUGAUCAAUUGUAUUAUAAAAUGUAAAUGUACAAUAUACAGUAGCUCAGUAUUUAAAUUAUUUAUUUUAUACAAUCAUUUUUGCUCAUUUAAGGGUGUCAAUCAUUUCAGACCCCACUAUAAAUCAUAAAUUAAAGCACUACCAUUAUAUUUCAUAUGCAUAUGACUUUUGUAUUGAUAACCUCACUUUAUACUAGUAUCACCACAAGCACUGCAAAUAGCAGCACUGGGUUCCAAUUUAAACAGCAUCAGUACACUUGAUUUGCCUUUAACCUGUAUUUUGUCUCACCAUGUCUUUAUCUUUGAAUAUGAAUCGUAUGUGCCUUAUGUACAGGCCCCUUCUGUGACUUGAUGACUUACUAUAAUUAUUUACUGUUGCCAUGCCUCAGGCCAGGGCUAAUGUUUAUGAAUGGAGACAAUCUUUUUUUUAACUAUUUAUUACAAUAUAUCUGCUUUAAUAGCCAGAGUGUUUAUUGGAUGAAUGAAGAGUGAACCAGUAUGCUGCUAUGUAUUUGAAUGCUUUUUUUUUUGUUUACUUUUUUUUUUUACAUGCCUUUUUCUCCCCAAUUCCGUGGUGUCCAAUUGGGAGUAUAAAAUAAUGUCAAUGUACAAUUGUCUUGUCUCAUCACUGCAACUCCCGCACAGACUCGGGAGAGGCGAAGGUCGAGAGCCUUGCGCCCUCCGAAACAACGCAUUUGAGUGCUUGACGUAUACAAAAAGUGUAGAUUGCAAUUUGUUCAACGCUUAUUGUUUUGUACUUUGACUACAUUGGAAGUGUUCACAAUAUUUGAUGUAAUACAAUGUAUUAUUACAUAUUACAUAUAUGCCACCACCUGA